GCGCUACUUACUUGCAAGUGUGACACAAGUGUUAUAUCAAGAGCAAAUAAUUUUGACUGUGGCUUUUGCAUCUUGAAAGAGAGAAAUUUUUCAGAGAUGUCCAAUACAGAUACCGCUAGCAGUCAACAUUCAAAAGAUGAGGCACCAUUGAAUUGUAUUCAAAGUUUCCUAAGAAUGAAAGAUCAGAUGUGGAGGAUGCAAAAGUUUCUUGUCAAAACAGAAUGCGAAAAAUCACAAUUCUGUGAGGAGAUGGGGUUGGAGCUCUAUUUGAAAAACGAUUUUCGCCAAAUCACAGGUAGCUGCCAUGCACGCAGUGCACUUAGUACUUUGUUAAAUCUUACGCCCGAGCAGAAACAAAAUGGUGUGAUAACGGCUUUGGAAGAGGAUGCUUUGCCCCUAUGUUAUUUUGGAGAAAAAUUGAAAAUACCAGUAACAAUAGUGUUGCCAAACACAACGUUAUUAAGUAAAAUUCAUACAUUGGAACAGUACGAAUAUACUACAUUACUUAUCCAAGGCAAAAAUUCAGAUGAAAGCGAAAGAAUGGCUUCUGAAAUGGCAGCAAUGAACAACAUGUAUUGCAUUAAAAGGGAUAGUAGAGCGAGAUUCAUUGGCUAUGGAACUAUAGCUAUAGAAAUUGUCGAGCAAGUGCCAAAUCUUGACAUAGUUGUGGUGCCAUAUGACGAACCGAUAUUCACAAGUAUUGUAUCGGUCAUGACAGUUCUUAAACCAUCUGUCAAAGUUAUCAUUGCAGCAGACAAAAGUAUUAAUUCAACGUCACUAUCUUAUUCGAAAAUCUUUCAAUCAAUCCAACCAUCAUCUCCGACACCAGAUUCUCCAGCAUCAAAAGAAACUGUUUCAAUAAACCCAUCAUUUGCGGGGUCAGUCGUCGGGUACACGUCAUCAUUUGCAAGCCAAUCCAUAUCAAUAUUUUCGUCAGUUGAAACAUUAUCUUCUACAACUGAAUUGACACCACCUCUUGCAUCAAUUGAAGCGCAUUCCUCUUCAACUAAACCGACGGUAUCUUCUGCACCAGCUGAAAUGUUAUUCCCUUUAACUAAACCGAGAUCAUCUUCUGCAUCAGAUGAAAUAUCAUUGCCCUCAACGCCUAAACGGAGAUCAAUUGAAAUAUUACCUUCUUCAAUUAGAAAGACAUCUAGUGGGUCAGCUCAAAACUCGUUACCCUUUUUAAAAGACUUAACUUCAUCACAAACGUCAUCAAGUUUGUCGGAAUCACAAAAAGGAGAGCCAAUAGUUUAUAAAGACAUGGACAUUACUGUAAUUGCAUUAACGGAUGAGGAAGUAGAUACCUCGAUCUUGAAAUUAUUUAAGAAAGAACGAUGCAUUGUAGAUAGAUUCGGAGUGAUGAGUUACGCGGCUUGCUUAAAGGCUCUUGACUCUUCGUUUGAAGCGUAUAAAAAUAAAAGGGUGGUGUCCCUAUUGACCAGCUGUAACGACGAUAUAUUAGUUUUACCCACAAUUUUAAAGCGAGCAUUAUUAAAAGAGCAUCAACUCGCGAAAGUGUCAGCGGAAGUUCCGCAAGAUGAAUUGCAUCCUACUACAGCUAAUGCCCUGACAAAUAACGCAUCUAUAAGGAAAAUGGUAAUGUGUUGCAAUAUAGCAAUAUUUUGUAUUAUGACAAUAUGGUUAAUUACAAUGUUUGCAAUGAAGAUUUAGUAGCAUUUAAUAUGAAAAUUGAUGCUGUCUGUGAGUCCUGAAUUUUUGAAAAGAACAUAGACUUGGAAAAUUUUACAAAUGCUACACAAGCUCCACAAGUAUAAUCGAAAAACAAUUAUCAAAUAUGAACAACAUCAGCCAGAUAUUUCUACUUCAAAUUCUUAAAGUAAACUUCAAGUCAUUAAUUUUUUUGCAAUAUUUUAUAUACAAUCUUCAAUAUUGAUGUGUUUUACUUUAAUAUGCUAAUUUAUAUUUUUCUUUUGUAUAAACGAUAAACCUACUCUUAGUAUUAACGACUUAAUUAGUUUUAAACUGCUAAUUUGCAUAUUUACUAAUUUAACUAGUUAAUGACGACGUUAUUUUGAAUGAA